UGAUUGCUUUUGUUUUUCAAAAGGCAGCACCAGCAGUGUUUAACCUAGCAGUUUGGAACAAAAGUCCUAAUGCAUUUAUUAAUUAAUGUAAAGAAAUGGAUAGAAGAAAACAAAGUCUACUUUUUGCCUCCUGUGUGCAAUAAGCUUAUGCAUAACAUACAGUUAAAAGUCAUGUUUGUUGGCGGUCCAAACAUCAGAAAAGAUUAUCACAUUGAAGAAGGAGAGGAGCUUUUUUAUCAAGUAAAAGGGGACAUGUGCCUGAAGAUUAUUGAAAAUGGAAAACACAAAGAUGUUGUUAUUCGAGAAGGAGAGAUGUUUCUGCUCCCUUCAUGCAUACCUCACUCUCCCCAGAGAUACAAAGACACAGUUGGACUAGUGAUAGAAAGAAGACGACUAAUAACAGAAACUGAUGGGUUAAGGUAUUACAUUGAUAAUUCUACAGAUGUCUUAUUUGAAAAAUGGUUCUACUGUGAAGAUCUUGGAAUACAACUUAAACCAGUAAUUGAAGAGUUCUUCAGCUCUCAACAACAUCGAACAGGCAAACCAAAUCCUGAUGAACUGCUUAAAGAGACUCCUUUCCCUUUUCGUACAGACACAGUAAUGGCUCCAUUUUCAUUCAAAGAGUGGUUAGAUGCACACAGGGCUGAAAUAAAGGCUAAAAAUGCUGUGGAUAUGUUUGGCGAACAAUUUGAAACUAAGAUGGUGAUUUAUGGAGCUGGACAGAAUAGCCAUACACAAGAGAACGCUGACAUCUGGAUAUGGCAAUUGGAAGGUACAUCUAUUGUGAAAGUAGAUGGCAAUUCUCUGAAUCUAUCAGAAGGGGACAGUAUUCUCAUUUCUCAAGGAUCCAAGUACCAGUGGGAGAGGGGCGAAGACUGCAUUGCACUGUACAUUGUACAAGAUCCAGCAAGGAAAAGGCUAUAUCCAUAAAAUGUCAGUGACACCAUCGUUGGCAUACAUCAGAAAGAGCUUAGUCUGACCUAAUCAGAUAAAUGAUUAUGCAUGGCUCCUUUGUAUGGUAUAGUCGACAUAUCCAUGAUCUGAUGUAUUAAAGAAACUAAGUUGGCAGUACAGUAAUUAAAAUAGAUUAUGUAAAAUAAUAACAUUAUUCGACUGCAAUUUAAUACAAAUAAACUAAUAUGACAUUA